AGCUUUGUUCCUCGAUGGUAUUGGCCUGGGGCAUGAAGCUGGUCACGCUUGCCGCACUAGCGAGCCAUUCCCCCCCUCAGACGUCACUGGCGAUCCUUCGCGGAUUCCAACCCCAACAUUCGUGCAAGCUAUCACCACCGUCACCGGAAGCCUAAAACACGAACGGCCCAUGAUAUCUUCCAUUCGCUGUCCACAGCCGGCCCACCACAGCAACUGCGUGCAAGACUGCCAUUCCUAGGGAAGCUGCGCUCGACAUGCGACCUGGCAGGCCUCCUUCUUUCACAGAAGUGAUGACAUGGACAGAACCGUUGUCGACCACUCGUCGCGGGGAUCGGCCGUGCUCGCUGUUACGGUCACGACGCUAGCCUGCUGCACGGUAUUCGUUGUUUUGCGCCUGAUAUCGAGGUUCGUGAUUGUGAGGAGGGCCGGUCUCGAUGAUUACCUUAUGAUACUGGCAUGGGUGUUAGCAUUUGGCACCUCGUUCUCCAUAUGCUACGGGACGUCCGUGGGCUUGGGCAGACAUGAACGGGACGUACCGCUGGAAGGGAUCAGAUCUCUGAAGAAGGCGGCUUAUGCCUUCACUGUGCUCUAUAACCCAGCUUUGAUGGCAAUCAAAAGCUCGAUCCUCGUCUUUUACCUUACGCUGUCUCGGACACAGAAGAUAUUCCGACGCGCGUGCUUCGCGACACUGGCAGUCGUCAUUACAGGAGGCCUUGCAUUAACGGUGCUCAACAUCUUCCAAUGUCGACCGAUCGGUGCUGCUUUCCAAACACCGGUACCUGACACGGCGUCAUGUACGAACAUCGUCACGAUAUACCUGUCUUCGGCGCCCCUGAAUAUCAUCACGGACCUGGCUAUUCUGGUUCUACCGAUGCCUCUCCUCACAAGCAUGCAUCUGCCCAGGAAGCAGAAGGGAAUACUGGUGGUCACAUUCGGGUUCGGUUUCUUUGUCGCGAUAGUCGAUAUCGUGCGCAUGGCCUAUCUGCAGGAUGCUGCACGGGACUAUCUUCGCGCUAUUCACAACUACACGCCGACGAAUGGACGUACCUCACGGAACAACACCGAUUAUCCCUGGUAUAUCUCCUUCACCUUCAUGUGGUCGGCGGUGGAGCUCAAUGUCGGCAUCAUGUGUGGCUGCGUGCCGGCGCUGAAACCACUGGUCUCAAGAUUCAUGCCUACCUGGAUACUGGACCGUACCGUAAGGGAGAAGUCCACCACGCAGACCAGCGAGAGUCUGGGCAUAAUUGGAGACAAUGUAGCUCCCGACGUGAACAUAGAGGCACCACCAAACACAACUCCGGACGUUCCGCCUGCGGCGUUGGUCUCCAAGCCUUCACAUCCUACAGACACCGAAAGCGACGAACCCAUCGAUGUAUUAACUUUUCUCACCACGCCAGAGACAAACACCACAACUCGCACCGGGCAAUCCACCAUCCACAGCUCCGUGUCCACAGCGCGCGCCAACCGACACUCCAUGACCUUCUACGACUUUGUGGAGAACCCGGAGAAACGCAAGAAAAACAUCACACUCAUGGGUAACCGCGAGUCCAUCUACCCAAUCAUGAUGGUCACGAUCCUCUUCUUCGUCUGGGGCUUCGCCUACGGCCUGCUUGACACUCUCAACACGCGGUUCCAACAAGUCGCCCGCAUGAGAGCCGGCCAAAACUUAGGCCUACACGCCGCCUACUACGGGGGCUACUUCAUCGGGCCCCUAACGUUCGGCCGUAUCGUGUUUCGCCACUGGGGCUUCAAGGCCUGCUAUACCGUCGGGCUAACCGUCUAUGCCUGCGGCACCCUCGUCUUCUGGCCCUCUGCGGUCCUAACCUCCUUCACCGCCUUCCUCAUCUCAAACUUCAUCGUCGGUCUCGGCCUCUCUACUCUGGAGAUCUCCGCGAACCCAUUCAUAGCGCUUUGCGGACCACCCGAAUAUGCCGAAGCAAGGCUCAACAUGAGUCAAGCGAUUCAGGCGAUUGGGACGAUCCUGAGUCCGCUGCUGGCGAGUAAAGUGAUGUUCAAGUCCGCCACGAGUAACUUGAUCCAGGUGCAGUGGGCGUACCUGGGAAUCGCCUUCUUCACGGUUGCGCUGGCGGUGGUGUACAUCUAUGUGCCGUUGCCCGAAGCAACAGAGGAGGAGAUGGAGGAUGCGAGUAAGAGGUUGGAUAUCCCGAGGGAUGCUACCGUUUCGGUUCUUCCGAAGAUGAUGAAGGGGGGCAAGAAGGUCAAGAUCAUCUGGAUCACCCUCGGCUUGGCAGUUUUCAGCCAAUUCGCAUACGUGGGCGCGCAGGAGAGCGUGUCCACGUCGUUCACCGAGUUCGUCGCUGCGGCCAUGCCGUCGCUCGAUCCGGAGAAUCUGCGCGCGGCAGGACACACUGCGUUCGCUGUGAGUCGGUUCCUGGCCGCGAUUCUGAACAUCUGGAUCAAGCCGCGGUUUCUGCUGGCGUUCUUCUAUGCCGGCGUGAUUGCGCUGAGUGCGGCGUGCAUGGCUGCGCCUCCUGCGACUGGAGCUACGCCUACGGCUCUGUUGGUCAUGUUGAUGUUCUUCGAGGGGCCGCUGUUUCCCCUGAUCUUCGUGCAGCCGCUCAGGGGGAUGGGCAUGUAUACGAAGGAGGCGUCGGCGCUGCUGACGGCGGCGAUUGGGGGUGGGGCGGCGUUUGCGCCCAUCAUGUAUGCGGUUGUGGUGCGGUGGGGGAUUCGGACGGGAUAUGCGGUUCCGUUGGCGGUGUUUGCUGCUGGGGCGGUGUUUGCGGUGUGGCAGAAUGGGAUCAAGGGGGCGAGAGGGUUGGCGGAUCCGGUCAGGGAUGAGAGGGCUAGGGAAGCGAGGAGGAGGGAGAGGGAAAGGGAAAGGGAGAGGCGAGCGGAGAUGGGUGGGGCUAUUGGGGCUGGAGAGGAGAGGAGGGGGAAGAGAAGGUCUGUUGAUGCUUUCAAGGGGUGGUUGGGUUGGGAGAAGAAGAAUAAGGAGGAGGAGAGCGUAUUACCGACUGUGGAGCAUAAGGAGCGCGUGGAUUCCGACCAACACUUAGAGUCGGGCAGAGGUCUCGGGGAAAGAAGACAUAGCGAUGCUGCGACAGGUUUGGAGCGCAGUCCAAGUUCUAAACGGACGGAAUGGAAGGAGGACGGCGGACAAGAUCUUGACCUGUGCACCACGCUAGCUGAUUCGGAAGGAUAUGGGAUGAACCGAAGUGCGACUGGGCAUGGAAAUGGGGACUUUAGCGGCAGUGGAGGCUAUCCUGAUAUCGAGAAUGGGGGCCCUAUAGCGCACGAUUGGCAGCCGCAGUGGGAUAGACAUGAGGAACUUGCAUUUCAAACCACGCCGGCGUGGUUGGAAGGGGAUGGGAAUGGGGCGGGAAGCGGGAUGGAGAGUGGAGAUGGUGUUGAUGGUGAAGUCACAAGGUGAUUGUGUAAGAUUUUGGCGGAGAUGAUGGAGGAUGUAGGAUAAGAACGGUC